AAGACUGAAGGAAAUAAAAUGUAAAAAAUGUAUAUGGUGAAAGUGAAGUUCAUUUUGCUCAACUAACAUAAUAGAAAACUAUUUUGAAUGAUUUCUUAGGGUGAAGGUCCCCUUUAACUAUGAGGUUUAAUAUAUGAUCCUUGGCCACUUUCUUCUCUAAAUUGAAACUGAUCUUUCGGGAGAUACAUGAGUUUUAUCUGUAGCCAGGCAUGGGGCUUUAAAAAACAUAUUUAAUUUCAAAUAUCAUUAGUUACUAUGCAUUUUCAUUAUAUCUUUUUUGUUUCAUGUAAUACCAUUGUACAGACAGUGACCAGAUAUGACCACAUGCCACUGAGUGUGUCAAUUUACAGCCCAAUUCCCCGUGCCCCAACUAUGAAACUGAACUGCUGCUGCUUAAAUGUAUUCAAUCCAACUUCCCCUGAAACCUCCCCAUGUGCACUUACUAUAAUCUCCCCCUGGCAUCUGUCCUCCCACUCCCCAGCCUACACCCUCCAGGCCAGUCACAGCUCUGGCACUUGCACCCAUGGCUACUGACCGCAAGACACACACUGUCCCCCCUGUCAAAAAUGUCAUUGCAGGAGGUGUAGGAGGAAUGUGCCUCAUACUGGCUGGUCAGCCCCUGGACACCAUCAAGGUUAAUCUGCAGACUCAGCUCUCGCCUGCCCUGGGGAAGCGGCCUCUGUAUAACAGCACCCUGCACUGCUUCAGCAAGAUUGUGGCACAAGAGGGUAUCCGAGGCCUAUAUAAAGGGAUGGGCGCUCCGCUGGCAGUGAUCACUCCUAUCAUGUCUAUAACAUUCCUGGCCUUUGGUCUGGGGAAGAACCUCCAGCAGCCAGGCCCAGAUGGCAGUUUGAGGCCCCCGCAGGUGUUUAUAGCUGGAAUGUUGGCUGGGCUGAGCAGUACAAUUCUCAUGGCUCCAGGGGAGAGGAUCAAGUGUCUAUUACAGGUAACUUCUCACCAGCACAUACACAUAUAGAGAAAUAAUACAUAAGAGUAACCUGCAAUGUUUUGCGCAAACAGUCCUUCCUCGGGUCUAUGAGCGUAAGAAAUGAGUUCUAGUAGCAUCAGUUAAUUAUACAGAACAAUGAGCGUAAGA